ACAAAACCAAACAUACGUAUGGCUCGUACCAAGCAGACCGCUCGCAAGUCCACCGGCGGCAAGGCGCCCCGCAAGCAGCUGGCCACCAAAGCCGCCCGCAAGAGCGCCCCGGCCACCGGCGGCGUGAAGAAGCCUCACCGCUACCGGCCCGGCACCGUGGCGCUGCGGGAGAUCCGCCGCUACCAGAAGUCCACCGAGCUGCUGAUCCGCAAACUGCCCUUCCAGCGGCUGGUGCGGGAGAUCGCCCAGGACUUCAAGACGGACCUGCGCUUCCAGAGCUCGGCCGUCAUGGCCCUGCAAGAGGCGAGCGAGGCCUACCUGGUGGGGCUGUUCGAGGACACCAACCUGUGCGCCAUCCACGCCAAAAGGGUCACUAUCAUGCCCAAAGAUAUCCAGCUAGCCCGCCGCAUCCGUGGCGAGAGAGUUUUCCUGGAGAAUGUGAUCCGGGACACCGUCACCUACACUGAACAUGCUAAGAGGAAGACAGUCACUGUAAUAGACGUGGUCUAUGCACUCAAACAUCAGGGAUCUUUUAACUGUUUCCAUCAGGAAGUGUCUGAGUUGAAACUUUCUGAUAGCUGGGGUUUGCCCAAGGGAACUGAGAAGCCGGGUCUGGUUUUAAAGUUCAAUGAAAGCUACCAGAGAAACUAUAAAAGGUGGUGGCCCGUGGCAGUGGGCGGUUGUAUUUGCUUUUUGGGCUUGAGAGUGAGAGCUGCAAUCAUGUCUGGACGUGGAAAGCAAGGGGGUAAGGUUCGCGCCAAGGCUAAGACUCGCUCGUCCCGAGCCGGUCUGCAGUUCCCGGUGGGGCGCGUGCACCGUCUGCUCCGCAAAGGUAACUACGCCGAGCGGGUUGGAGCCGGCGCUCCCGUGUAUUUGGCCGCCGUGCUCGAGUACCUGACGGCCGAGAUCCUGGAACUGGCGGGCAACGCGGCCCGCGACAACAAGAAGACCCGCAUCAUCCCCCGCCACUUGCAGCUGGCCAUCCGCAACGACGAGGAGCUCAACAAGCUGCUGGGCAAGGUGACCAUCGCCCAGGGCGGCGUCCUGCCCAACAUCCAGGCCGUGCUGCUGCCCAAGAAGACCGAGAGCCACCACAAAGCCAAGGGAAUGGCUCGUACUAAGCAGACCGCUCGUAAGUCCACCGGCGGCAAGGCGCCCCGCAAGCAGCUGGCCACCAAAGCCGCCCGCAAGAGCGCCCCGGCCACCGGCGGCGUGAAGAAGCCUCACCGCUACCGGCCCGGCACCGUGGCGCUACGGGAGAUCCGCCGCUACCAGAAGUCCACCGAGCUGCUGAUCCGCAAACUGCCCUUCCAGCGGCUGGUGCGGGAGAUCGCCCAGGACUUCAAGACAGACCUGCGCUUCCAGAGCUCGGCCGUCAUGGCCCUGCAAGAGGCGAGUGAGGCCUACCUGGUGGGGCUGUUCGAGGACACCAACCUGUGUGCCAUCCACGCCAAGAGAGUGACCAUUAUGCCCAAAGACAUCCAGCUAGCCCGCCGCAUCCGUGGGGAGAGGGCUUAAACCUGUUAAUCGACAUCGCUUAUUGCUAGCA